AAUCAAAUCAAAAACAAAAGAAAAAGAGAGAAUGGCCGUUGCCUUCUCUCCCCGCCUAAGACCACACAUUGCCAUUCGUAUCUUUGCUCAGUCUCUCCUUCCUACGACCACAACCCUUAGUAACUCAAUUCUUCCGAAACCUCGCUUAUGCUUCUCCUCCGCUCAUCAUUCUUCUCCUCUGCCUCGUCGGAGAUGCUGCUGCACUCUCAUCUCAUCUGCCGGCGAAGACAUUAAGCCGCCGGAAAAUGUCGAUUCCGGUAGUAAAGUCGGACUGUUUCGUAAGAGGUUGAAAAUUGCUGAUAUUAAGGGCGGUCCUGACCAGGGUUUGGAUCGUUUAGGCCAUACUUUGCUCGUUCGAGGCUGGGUUCGCACCAUUCGGAUGCAGAGCAGCGUCACUUUUAUUGAGGUGAAUGAUGGGUCGUGUCUCUCAAAUAUGCAAUGUGUGGUGAGCUCAGAUGCUGAAGGUUAUGAUCAGGUAGAAGCCGGUUGCAUCUCCACAGGAGCAUCAAUCUUGGUCCAUGGCACCAUAGUUGGAAGCCCAGGAUCGAAACAGAAAGUUGAGUUAAAAGUUAACAAGAUUGUGUUGAUUGGUGAAAGUGAUUCUUCGUUUCCUAUACAAAAGAAAAGGGUUAGCAGAGAGUUUUUGAGGACUAAAGCUCAUCUUCGCCCUAGAACCAAUACUUUUGGUGCGGUUGCAAGGGUGAGGAAUGCUUUAGCCUAUGCUACACACAAAUUCUUCCAAGAGAAUGGGUUUGUCUGGAUCUCAAAUCCAAUUAUCACUGCUUCAGAUUGUGAAGGUGCUGGUGAACAAUUUUGUGUGACUACUUUGAUUCCAACCUCCCUGGAAGCUAUGGAUUCUUCUGCAGGUAAAAUCCCAAAAACAGAUGAGGGUUUGAUUGAUUGGUCGCAGGAUUUUUUUGGGAAGCCGGCAUUUUUGACUGUCUCAGGCCAACUUAAUGCUGAAACUUAUGCUACUGCUCUUUCUGAUGUAUAUACAUUUGGCCCAACAUUUCGAGCUGAGAAUUCAAAUACCUCUAGACAUUUAGCCGAAUUUUGGAUGAUUGAACCAGAACUUGCAUUUGCUGAUCUCAAUGAUGACAUGGCUUGUGCCACUGCUUACCUCCAGUAUGUAGUGAGACACAUUCUUGAAAAUUGCAAGGAAGAUAUGGAUUUUUUUAACACGUGGGUUGAGAAAGACAUCAUUAAUCGAUUGAAUGAUGUGGCUGUGAAAGAUUUUGAGCAGCUUACUUAUACUGAUGCUGUUAAUAUUCUUCUGAAAGCAAAUAAGAAAUUUGAAUUCCCGGUUAAGUGGGGUUAUGAUCUGCAGAGUGAGCACGAGCGAUAUAUUACGGAAGAGGCAUUUGGUGGUUGUCCUGUAAUCAUUAGAGACUAUCCCAAGGAAAUCAAGGCAUUCUACAUGAGGCAAAACGAUGAUGGGAAGACUGUAGCUGCAAUGGAUUUGCUGGUUCCAAGGGUAGGUGAGCUUAUUGGUGGCAGUCAAAGAGAGGAACGUUUGGAAUGUCUUGAAACCCGUUUAGAUGAAUUAAAGCUUAAAAGGGAAAGCUAUUGGUGGUAUCUUGACUUGCGUCGUUAUGGAUCAGUCCCGCAUGCGGGUUUUGGACUAGGUUUUGAGAGGCUGGUUCAAUUUGCAACUGGGAUUGAUAACAUCAGAGAUGCAAUACCAUUCCCUCGGACACCAGGCUCUGCUGAAUUUUGAUUCAACUUGCGCAUCUCAUUUUUGGGUUUCCAGUGUUUAACCAUUUACAUGUAAAACUUUUUCAUUUACAUUUAUUUUAAAUGAAGUGCAUCUUUUAUAUAAACAAUACUUUCAGGGAGCUAUGGAGUUUGUCAUUGAUAAUUUAGCAUAAGAAUAAACAUAUACACUAUUAUAAAUUGCAAAAUAAUUAUUGUGUUCACUAUUUAAAGAUGCUAUCAAUUUUCAAUGUAUUCUGUACAUUAUAUGAACAUACGAAGUACAAUUUUUUCCAACACUACAAAAAUCUUUUUUUCAACUAAUUGAAUAUGUGUUAGAGCUCAUCUACUGCUGACUGCUGCUUUCCCAUUCCACAACAUUGUAUUAUGAUUGACAACAGACAUUUUUUUUCAUUUCUGGGGUGAAAUUCCAGCAAUUUAUGACCUUUGAUGAGAAUCUCGAC